GCUUUCCCAUUAUUUUUAGCAAUUUCAACGAACAUACCGCAGUACCGACUCGCCCAACUGCGGAGCAUGUGAUUUCAGCCGCGAGCCCGCUAUAGUACGUAGUAGCUUACAUACCCAGUAGCUACCGAAGCCAUGCCUAUACAGGUCUACUCAUUCUACAUCUUCGACCGCCAUACGGAGUGCAUAUACUCCAAACAAUGGCACAUCCGCGCGCCGCCUCCCCCGGCGCCCCCAAGCCUAACCUCGCCGCCGUCCUCACGUCCGCAAUCGCAACAGCCGUCGCACCCAUCGCACGCGACGCCGGCCGUGAUCCCGAGCGCGCUGUCGGCCGCGUCGAAGCGUAGACAAGACGACGACGCGAAGCUGAUCUUCGGCACCGUCUUCUCGCUGCGCAACAUGGUGCGCAAGCUCGGCGGCGACGACGACGCCUUCAUCGCCUUCCGCACCGCCCACUACAAGCUCCACUACUACGAGACCCCGACCAACCUCCGCUUCGCUAUGCUCACUGAGCCUGGUGCUCUGAGUAUGCGUAAUGUUUUGCAUCAGAUUUAUAUUAACCUCUGGGUUGAAUACGUUGUCAAGAAUCCGCUCUCACCGGUUGAGCACAAGGGCGGCGAAGGCGUUCGGAACGAGAUGUUCGAGAUGGGCUUGGAUAAAUUUGUAAGAGGGCUGAUGUGAUGAGUUCCACGAUGCAGUAUUUCAGGGCGAAGUCUACCUUGGGCGUUCAAAGAGGGUACCUGGUGGGCGCGGGGCCUUAAGCAUUUACAGUUGGCUAUGGAGAUGGUGCGUAUUCGAUUUCUACGUUAAGCACCAUGAAGGAAAGAGAAAAGAGACGGGGCAGCUAGACGCCUCAAUCUGCCGCUCUGCCAUGCAUAGACAUCAUGAGUGGUUAGUCCAAGUCAAAGGACAGCCUCCCAUAAGAGGAAAAGGGUACGUUAAACUUAGAAGGAUCUAGGUUAAGUAGAGAUGAUAUCAUAUUCGACUCCCCCAACGGAGUCAACCCUAGCCAAAUGAUAACUAAGCAAGAAUUGAGGUCCGAGAUACUACUGUUACAUAAAUGUUCUAUGAAGCAAGCUGGU